GUUUGCCGUAUGUAGGAUCUGAUGCUGUGAACACACAAUACAUUGUCACCAGAAUCCAGUAUUUCCAGUUGCAGAGAGGAGCAAGAGAAGAAGGAGAGGAAGAACAAAAUGGCAUGGGUUCAAACCAGAGAGUUUAAAGUGUAUGAACAUGGAGGACGAAAUACAGAGAUCUGUAAACAAUUUACAAGGAAGAUUGAAGAAAAAGGAAAUUGUAAAGUAUCAGUUCGUACUGACAUUACGUCUUUUCUCUAUGUUCAUGAAGUUACCCGGGUUUUUCAUGACAUUAAGAGUGCACUGAAUAGUGCUGGAAAUAUCAAUUCCUAUGCUGCAGUGGUUAUAUUUAGGAAAUUAACACCAUAUGAAAAACCAGACUCCAGUGAUCUCUACUCCACACCCCUGCCCUUGGGGAUCCCUAAUGAGUUACCCAUCGUUGCAUGCUACUGGUUUGAAAAUGACUGUAAGCAACAACUGUGUGACUGUGAGGAAAACAAGAAGUCUGUGAAGAAGCUUGUUCGCUUAAUAAAAAGAGAGCUGCAAACAGACACGGACAGCGGGUCCCCUAGCAGCAAGUCAAGCUCGUGGACCAACUUCUGGAACAGAUCUGAUGCAGUGGGAGGACAGUCAUCUGCUCCGACAAGAAAACAAUCGAAACCAGAGCAACUUCUCCCUAAUCCAUGGCGUGAAGAUGAAUUUAGUGAUGAUGCUUACAUGAAACUUCAAGAAGAAAUAAAAAACCACCAACCACACCCUAAGGCUUCCACAACAAAUAUUCUUAUUUCGGGCAAUGUGGGUUCCGGAAAGUCAAGCUUUCUAAAUUCUGUGCUCUCAGAACUCAGGAGAGAAGAAUUCAACGACAGAGUGCAAAGCUUUGAAACCACGAGACCAGGUGCAAAAACAAGCGUCACACAACAUCUAAGAUGCCACAAAUUCACUGAGAAGAUCAAAAUCUUUGAUACAGCAGGAUUUGAAUUGGAGAAAACAGAAAAUGCCAUGAAAAUAUUAAAGAUCAUAGAUGGUGAAGUGGCUGAAGGCUCAAAGUUUGACGAUAUUCUGAAAACAAAAAGCUCAAUGGAAGGAGACAAAAUCCACUGUGUUGUGUUGGUUAUAUCAAUUCACAACGCUGAAAAUCUGGCCUUGAUUCAGUUUUAUAAAGAAUUCAUUGGAAUGCUCACAGUGACUGGAGUACCAUGCCAGCUGCUUGUUACAUGCGUUGAUGAACUUUUUGAGAAGACUGAGGAUUUGAAAAGUCUGUACAGGAGAAGAGAUAUAAAACAAAAGAUUGAAAUGUUAGCAAAGGAGAUGAGAAUUUCAAUGUGCAAUGUCCUUGUGGUUUCAAACUACUUCGAGGGGGAGAAAAUUAACCAAAUAAAAGGAACUCUGUUGUUGGAGGCGUUUGCUCAAAUGCUGAUGGCUGCAAAACCCUUUCAAGAGAGAAUGUAGAGUAUCACCUGUCACACCUGAAGCACGCUGAGCCCAUUACUCAAUUGGUUAAUUGAUUGCUAAUCGGAGAAUAGUCACUUGGUAUAUGGGGAAGUUGAUUCCUUUGUUUGGAGAGAGCCUGGGAGCAGCAGGAGGCUGGUGUCCCAGAUACAAGAAGUAUCACCCAGUCAGCGCUAUCACAGAGUUGCUUUUUGUAUUUAUGAAAAUUCAAAUCAUACUCUUUGUACACUUUGUUAAAUCCAUUUCUAAGCUGUCAGCUUUGCAUAAACAGAAAAAAUGUCAAUAAGCAGCUCUGAAUUAUUCAGCAUGUAAUCUACUGUUUAAUCUAUCAU